AUGAGUUCCCUUAACAUUGUUCUCCUUCUCGCGACAAUAUCCCUCACCUCUGCAUUGGAAGCAGAAAAUCCACAAGGACAAGUGAUACAAGGAGAAGACUACACGUUCGUCCUAGAGGACCCUAAUGUGAGCGGUUUGAGAAGAAUUGGUACUGAAGGAAGCCAAGGUGCCGAGUACUGGUAUUUCUGUGAAAGGGCGAAAGGAGAGAAGAAGAAGCAAUGUGGAGCGUGGGUUGAUGAGAAAGGAACAAAAGUCAAGGCAGCUACUCUGAAAGUGACACUCAAGGGGAAGAACGCUGUGCUCUUGAAGGUGUUGAAGAAGGACGAGGGAGUGUAUUUCACAGUUUUCGAAAAAGAACCAAUUCCUUCUUAUGUCGAUCUUAACGUGUUUCCAUAA